CCACCAGCAGCAGCAGCAGCAGCUCGUCUCACUCGCUCCACCUCCCCUGGAUGAUCGGAGGGACACACCGGCCCAGGAUGAUGCUUGCACCGGCUCCCAGAAGCUGGCUCUGCGGGGUUGGGCAGCAGGCAGCAGCGGAGCGGCUGUAGGAUGCAUCGGACCGGAGCGGCUGUGCUGCAGCGGGCCUGGCUGAGCUCGGCUGCUGCUCUUUCCCAUCAGUCCUGAUUCGGUUCUCCUUUUAUUUUUAUCGCAGUAUUUUUUUUUUAUUAUUUCCAGGUCAGAAUCACUGUUUCCUGUGCAGCUCGUUUGCACUGAAAAUGGCCGGAGAUGGCGGCGCUCUGAAGGAUAUCAAUGAGAUUAAAUCCCAGUUCCGGACCAGGGAGGGCUUCUACAAGCUGCUCACCCUCUCAGAUUCACAGCAGCGGGGCGGCCUGCCACGGGGCCCGACCGCCGGAGCCACUCUGGGGCCCGGGGCCGGACCCGGACCGAUCCCCGGAGCAGGGGUCGGGCUGCUGCAGGGGCCCGGGGCCGCCUCCUCCUCCUCCAACGCUGCGGCCAGCUCCUCCCCGGCGGGGUUCCUGCCGCCGGUCCGGGUCUCCAUGGUGAAGCUGCAGCCCGAAGACCCGAGCGAGGAGUCGGAGCGGGUUUGCUUCAACAUCGGCAGGGAGCUGUAUUUCUACACCUACACCAACAUCAAGAAGGCCGUGGAUCUCAGCAAACCCAUAGACAAGAGAAUCUAUAAGGGGACUCAGCCGACAUGUCACGACUUUAACCAGUACUCGGCCACAGCGGAGAGCGUGGCACUCAUCGUGGGUUUCUCCGCUGGCCAGGUCCAGUAUCUCGACCCGAUUAAGAAGGAAACCAGUAAGCUCUUCAAUGAGGAGAGGUUGAUAGACAAAUCCAAGGUGACGUGCCUGAAAUGGCUUCCGAAGUCAGAGAACCUGUUCCUGGCCUCCCACGCCAGUGGCCACCUCUACCUGUACAAUGUGGACCACCCCUGCGGAACAACGGCACCACAGUAUUCUCUGUUGCGGCAGGGUGAGGGCUUCGCUGUCUACGCCUGUAAAAGCAAAACGCCACGCAACCCUCUGCUGCGGUGGGCCGUGGGUGAGGGAGGCCUCAACGAGUUUGCGUUCUCCCCGGAUGGCGUUCACGUGGCAUGCGUGGGUCAGGAUGGCUGCCUGCGUGUUUUUCACUUUGACUCGAUGGAGCUGCAGGGGGUGAUGAAGAGCUACUUCGGUGGGCUCCUCUGUGUGUCCUGGAGCCCCGACGGGAAAUACCUGGCUACUGGCGGUGAGGACGAUCUGGUCACCGUCUGGUCGUUUGCUGAGAGUCGAGUGGUGGCGAGGGGCCACGGCCACAAAUCUUGGGUCAAUGUUGUGGCGUUUGAUCCCUUCACCACUUCACUGGAAGACGAAGAGCCGAUGGAGCUCAGCGGCAGUGAGGAAGACCUCCAUCAGGGGGCACAAAAUAACCCCACGCACUUUGGCCGAGUCCGAACAAGCAGCACGCUGUCGCGGCUCUCUCGGCACAGCUCUAAAGGUGGUGGUUCGCCUUCUGUGACCUACCGGUUCGGCUCGGUGGGGCAGGACACCCAGUUCUGUCUCUGGGACCUGACGGACGACGUUCUCUACCCCCGUCUGCCCCUGUCCCGCGCCUUCACUAACACUUUUGGGCCGUCACUUCCCAAUUCCACCAGCGGGGGGCUCAACAGCAGCUCGGUUGGAGGAGGGAGCAGCGGGGUGGAGGGGCAUCACCACCCACCGAGCACCACCACCAGCUCCUCCAACCCACCGACGCUUCCCUUGCCGCUGCCUCGCUCCCUGUCCCGCUCCAACUCUCUGCCCCACCCAGCGGUGGCGAACGCUUCCAAGGGCCAGGGCGCCUCCGAGGGCGGCGGGGGAGGUGGAGGAGGGGGAGGAAGCAGCAGCGGUGGGAACAGCACCCCGUUCAGCAUCGGCCGCUUUGCCACGCUGUCCCUGCAGGAGCGCAAGUCGGACAAAUCUGGGAGCGGAGGGGUGGAGAAGGAGCACAAGCGGUACCACAGCCUGGGAAACAUCAGCAAAAGCAACGACAAGAUCAACGUGGCGCCCAGGAGCAACCGGCUAGAUGGCGCCAAAGUCCUGGGGACCACGCUGUGCCCUCGCAUGCAUGAAGUACCGCUGCUGGAGCCGCUGGUCUGCAAGAAGAUUGCACAUGAGAGGCUGACCGUCUUGGUGUUCAUGGACGACUGCAUCAUCACGGCCUGCCAGGAGGGUCUGAUCUGCACCUGGGCGCGGCCGGGGAAGGCGACCCUGACAGCACAGAACGGGAACUCUCCAAGUGGGACGGUGGUAUAGCUGGAGGAGAAGCUUUGCACUCAUUCCUUCCGCCCUCUUCUUCGGUUAACCUUUUUCUUUGUUUUUUUGAUGCCACCUUCCAUUUCUUAAAACCUUCUUUUUGGGGCCAACAACCAAAACCAAAGCCCCUCCCUCACCCCCUCUACCACUGCAGUAUUAAACCCUGAUGUGUUUCUGCUCUCGCUGAAACCAGAAAGUUGGGAAAAAAAAACAUCUCAUGAAACCUGGAAUGCUGACGCAGAUUCCUGGACAUUUUUGGAUAACAAAUCCCAUAUUUUGUUUUUUUGUUUUGUUUUAUUUUACUUUAGUUUAUGGUCAGAAAAUGAGUGGUUGUACGGAGUAGUUUGGAGCAGCUAGCAUCUUACCUGCAGCAGACUGGAGUCAAAUAAAUAUUAAUUGAAAAGUUAAAGGAGGAGAGCUAAUAUUGAGAGCAGAAACCCAUCAGUUAAGUUUUAAAUUUGACCUGCUGAAGUCUAAACAUUUCAUUCUUCAAUCAGCGGGUUUUAUUUUAAAAGCACUUCAAAACCCAUCUCCUUAAAGCCUCAAAUUACUCCUGGAGGACAUCUGCAGUAUUACAGCUUCCACUGCAGGUUAGAUGGUAACUCCUCAUACAGACGCGCUCAGAAUGGUAACCCUUUGUUCAUUUAUUUGAAUCUAAACCCUGCAAUGGAAAAAAAAGACAUCUGAUUCAACACUGUUAUUAUUUAUCAUACAAAGAUGAAUCCUUAAACAGAGUUUAGGGAUUUCUUUUUGAAGGGAACGCCUGGUGCUGCUAAUGUAACGCACCUGAUCCACUGUCAUUAUUUGGAGGAGCAGGAGGUCGGGUUGCAGAUACAGACGGUCAAUCAAGAAUCUAUAUUAAAGCUAUUUGGAGAAUUUGCUCCCUGAUUAAAAGGCACAUAUAAAGACAGAAGAAGUUUAACUUUUAGCCUGUCUAUUAAGUGUGAUCCAAGUAGAGAUGUCUGGAAGUAAAAACCAAAUAAGGAUGGGUUUAUUUUGCUGCUCUGUAAAACAGUAAGGAAACAUUAAAUUAACAAGCAGAUCUGAUAAGUUUUGUUUUCCUGAAAGAAUUCAAGUAUAUUGUGUUUUUUUUGUGUGUGCUUUUUUUCCCCUCCAUCCGGAUUUAAAGGAAGUAAUUGGAUUUAUUACAGAACGUAUUUGUUUUAAAAUGCUGCAGUGUUUGGACUUCAGGAGGAGUUUUUAUUUAUUUAUUUUUUUUUAUCUUUUUUCCAGCCCUCCUUAUCCUCUUAACCAGUAACCCUGAAGGAGCUUCAUCUCAUGCAACAGACUCUGAAAGCCACGGUCAUCUUAUUUAUGUUAUUUAUUUUAUCACAGGACUGCGUAGUAAUUUAUACUGUAAAUAUUAAUGCUCUAUAAAUACAGUAAGGAGAAAAGAGACUCUGCAACGACGAAGGAGUAGAGAUGAAGAAUAUUAAUAUAUGAAGAAGCUUCUAUUGUACAUAGCAAGAGCAGGUGUAAACGGACUGGCUGCUGGUUUAGGGAGCCUGCAAACGUCACUGUGUUUUUAUUCAGUGUUUUUUGUUUGUUUUUUUUCCUGUAAGCAGUCGGAACAGUUUGGAUUCAUGCCGCUCCGCACAGAACAGCACACCCACAAACAAACACGAUCCGACACAGAAACACAAGCCCGUCACAGUGUAGCAUCAUUGACCUACUGUGUCACCUGAACUGCCUCUUGCAAGAAUUUGCACAUCCAAUAAAUCCACAGUGCACACCACUGAGCGGCUACA